GCACGUCUCCCCUGCUGCGCACACACGCACAGCAAAAGUGAAGUGAAGAUGCUUUUUCCCUUUCGACAAACAGUCCAGCCCGCCAGCCGUUCACUUCUCCUACUGCAGUUGCUCCUCCUUCUCCCAACAGAGCGUCCAACUGUCCGCUUCCCUGGUUUACACGAGGAACUUGCGCAGCUGGGGCUCGUCCAGCUCGGAGGAGGAGGGAAGAGCAGGCAUCAGAGACCCGGAGCACCGUCAGCUCUAUAGCGUAUCCGUGGAGAGCUACGCGUCGGUAUGGGCGCGCUGACAAAAGGACGUUACCUCGUUCUGAGGGGCCUCCUGCUGCUUAUUUAUUGCACAGCAUCGGUUAUCUCCAAAGGUGGUGCCACAGGUGAUGCUCAACCAGAUGCUGUACCUUCGGUACAGGGCACCCUGCCCCACUUCAUCCAGGAGCCGGAGGAUGCCUACAUUGUCAAAAGUAACCCUAUCAAGCUGCGCUGUCGAGCUGUGCCUGCCUUACAGAUCUUCUUCAAAUGCAAUGGGGAGUGGGUUCAUCAGAACGAGCACUUCUCUCACGAGUACAAGGACCUCAACACUGGACUGAAGGUGCGUGAAGUGAUGAUCAACGUGUCACGCCAGCAGGUGGAAGAUUUCCAUGGCCCCGAGGACUACUGGUGUCUCUGUGUUGCCUGGAGCCACUUGGGCACAUCCAAGAGUCGAAAGGCUACUGUUCGCAUCGCUUACCUGAGGAAAAACUUUGAGCAGGACCCCCAGGGGAAGGAGGUGCCAAUCAAUGGGAUGAUCGUUCUGCACUGUCGUCCUCCAGAGGGAGUGCCCACUGCAGAGGUGGAGUGGCUGAAAAACGAAGAGCUGGUGAGCUCCCUGACGGAUGACAACAUCGACACCCGAGCCGACCACAACCUCAUCAUCAACGAAGCGCGCCUGUCCGACUCAGGCAACUACACCUGUCUGGCCAGCAAUGUUGUGGCAAAGAGACGUAGCGCCACGGCAACUGUGAUAGUCUUUGUGAAUGGCGGCUGGUCCCUGUGGACGGAGUGGUCGGCCUGUAAUGCGCCAUGUGGGCGGGGUGUCCAGAAGCGAUCUCGGACCUGCACGAACCCGGCACCACUGAAUGGCGGGGCCUUCUGCGAGGGCAUGUCCGUACAGAAGAUCACUUGCAACGCGCCCUGUCCAAUUGAUGGAGGCUGGAAUGAGUGGAGCCAGUGGACAGUGUGCAGCAGUCAGUGUGAGAGGCAGCGAACUCGGGAAUGCAACUCACCAGUACCCAGACACCGAGGCAAAAUGUGCGAAGGGAACAGUGAGGCCACUGAGAACUGCACAGAUGGACUGUGUACCCAGAAUCGAAAGCUGCUACAUGACGUUAAACCUCAAAGUAUGGAGAGCUCCAAUGAUGUGGCUCUGUACUCAGGCCUUGGAGCCGGCAUAAUCACCGUUGCAAUCCUUGUGGUGGCUGUCAUGCUGUACAGGAAAAAUCACAGCGAGUACGGCGUGGACGUUAUUGACUCCUCUGCGCUCACCGGGGGUUUCCAGUCUUUCAACUUCAAGAACACCAGACAAGGAAACCCGUUGCUUCUCAACUCCUCCAUGCAGCCAGACUUAACAGUGGGCCGGACAUACAGCACUCCCCUCUGCUUCCAGGACAGCACAGAUAAAGAGCUCUUUGACCCCCUGCCAGACAUCAAGGUCAAAGUUCAGAGCUCCUUUAUGGUUUCACUAGGUGUGGCCGAGAGGGCGGAGUUCCACGCCAAAGCCCCAGCCGAGACCUUCCCGCGAGAUCUGAGCCGGGACUAUUGCAGCACCAUGGACAGAAGGAAGAAGGGCCUGCUUACCCUCAAUGGGCCCUUCAGCUCCUGCAAAGAGCCGCUGAGGACCACCGGUGUGUUUGGUCACCAUGGAGGGAGGCUGGUUGUGCCAAACACAGGGGUCAGCCUCCUGGUGCCUCAUGGAUCCGUGGCUGAAAAUAUGUCCUGGGAGAUGUACAUGGUGAUCAAUCAGGGAGAAGCAAGUGUCCAAACACUGGACAGCUGUGAAAUCCUCCUGGGCCCAGAAGUAACAUACGGACCUCCUGGCCUGGAUCUCUUCUGCCCGGUGGCCAUGACCAUCGCCCACUGUGCAGAGGUGGACGCCGAGAACUGGAACAUCCAGCUCAAGAGGAGAACCCAGGACAGCAAAUGGGAGGAAGUGAUGUCAGUGGAGGAGGAAUCCACCUCAUGUUAUUGCCUGAUGGACUCGACAAGCUGCCACUUGCUGCUGGACCAGCCAGGUUCUUACGCCCUCGUGGGUGAGCCCCUGACGCAGGCUGCCAUCAAGAGGCUGAAGCUGGCUGUGUUCGGAACCAUGGAGGUUGGCUCCAUGAGCUACACCUUGCGGGUGUACUGUGUGGACGACACGCCACAUGCCUUUCAGGGAGUGGUGGCUGCAGAGAAGACCAGAGGCGGUCAGCUCCUCGAGGAGCCAAAGAUGUUGCCUUUCCGAGCGAACACCUUCAGCCUGCAGGUGUCCAUCCAGGAUGUUCCCCAGUUUCUAUGGAGCAUCAAACCCUUUACUACAUGUCAGGAAUUCUCCUUCCCCCAAGUGUGGUGCAGCAACCAGCAGCCCCUGCACUGUGCCUUCUCUCUGGAGAGAUACAGCCCUGUCACCGCCCAGCUCUCCUGCAAAAUCAGCGUGCGCCAGGUCAAAGGCCAUGAGCAGAUUCUGCAGGUCUAUACGGCUGUGGCCGAGACCGAAAAGGAGUCAGUUCCAUUUUUUAUGCAGACAGACUGCACCAUCACGUCCCAGACGGGGCCCAAGGCCUUCAAAAUCCCCCUGUCCAUCCGCCAGAGGAUCUGUGCCACCUUCGACACUGCCAACGCCAAGGGCAAGGACUGGCAACUCUUAGCCCAAAAGCUCCACUUAGAUCGAAACCUGGGGUAUUUUGCAAAGCAGCGGAGUCCGUCUGCAGUCAUACUAAGCCUGUGGGAGGCUCGUCACCAGGACACUUCUGACCUUGACUCUCUAGCCAGUGCCCUGGAGGAGAUUGGAAAGAUCCACUCCAAAAGUUCCCCCAAGGACCAGGACGAGUGCGAGUCUGACUCCAUUCACAUACAAGCAAGCAGUCUGUACGGAACAGGCGGACUAACCAGUCAGAAUACAGAGGACUGCGCUUCUGAAUACACGGGCUGAGAGAGGAGAGAGAGCCAGUAAAAACUGACAGACUGACGUAUAUAUCUGUGUACGCACACAGUCAGUGAUGGACAACACACUGCGGCGGUGCGGUAGAAGGUCACGAGGUGAGUAGACGGUGCCAGUGUUCAACACGGCGACCGAUCACAACAGGUCGAGGUGAGCUGGCACCUGCUGUGGAUCUGCCCCUCUCUUUUAAGAACCCGUCUGAGGCUGGACUGUAAAUCUUUGUCUGCCUUUCCACUCAGUCCUUUCUGUUUGUUUCUAACUUCUUUUAAUUUAGGUUGAUGUGAAUUUAUUCCCCUUUGUGUCUGCUAUUGUCUGAACCCGCGUUAGAGGAGAAGGGAGCUCCUUUUCCAGCAGUCCACACGCUUGCAUAUAAGUUUGAAUAUGCAAAUAAGAUGAUACAACUGUGGCGUAAUGUUAGUCACCUAUGUUUGAUCUGACACUCCCCUCCCCGUGUCAACAAAUGAAAAAGGACUUAAAAGCUAAUUUUUCUUUUCUUUUAAUGUCCACUGUUAUAUUUUUUAAUGGGAAGCUCCUGAUUGCUUAAAUGUUGUGAUAGUGAACUUUCAAGGCAGGUAUCUUCAAAAUCACCUGGUUUUAUUUAUUAAGAGAAAAAAAUCCCAAAACCGAAAUUUUAGCACUUAAUGAUCAUUUAUGCAAAAAAUAAUCAUAAAUAUAUCAUCCCCAGUUUUACUCGAAAAAAAAAAGUAAGAAAGAAAACGAGCCGUUGGUUGUGGCGUAAUGUGGCAGAGUGAGAUUUCUAACCGUGGCAUUACAAUUCAUUACAGUUGCCUCCUGCGGCAGAUAGAGAGGGAGGAAGCUGUAAAACAUCAUUUCCUGGCACCGCGGGGAGGUCAUCGCUACGUCUUAUCAUCCACUUUCCACCAUUAACACCCGUCACACAGACCUCAUAUCAGGCCCCGACACACCCAGCUGCCCCCACGUCUACCACCCACCCACACAAGUACACAACUCACACACCACACUGACAUUUCACGGCUGUAGAGGUCACCUAUUUUCAUAUUAUUCAAAAAACAACAAAGGAAUACAGACAGUGUCAGACAUAUAUAACAUACAGUAACAGUAUAUACCGUAUAUAAAUCCUACGUCAUGCUGAGGGAAUAAGGGAAAAUGUCAUAGUCAUGUGAGGUAAUGGUAAGUGAAACUUUUGAUGACCUCCAGGUCAAAAUAGAUUGAAACGUUAACCCCUCAUCUUUAUAUUUAAACACACACUAAGGUUGAAGCUGUCAGAGCUUUAGCUGGUGUUUGUAGAAAAGUGUUUUUGUAAUUAUUUAAGACUCUUAAUUCAAGGUUCAAUUAAGUACUUUUUAUCUCCAAAAGUUGAUUCUGUUCAUCUGGACGUAGCGUUUUGUGAGAGAAACGUAUCUGAUGAAUAUAUUCAAAAACAACACCCAGUGUUCUCGCAGCGGAGAGAUUUGUAUGACUGAAAUCACAGCGGGUCUCAUAACAGCCUUCACCUUGCCAGAGAGGUGCAUGCUAGGUGAAUAAGGCCAAAUUAUGCAAAAUUAUAUUUUCGCACGUACUCCUGGCAGUCUCUAGCCGUGAACUUUCAGGUUAGAAUUUUCUGAUAUGUGCCACUGAGAUUUCUGUCUGCAACCCUGGUGAACAGAAUGUCCUUUGCUCUACGCCUAGCAAUGAAAAAUUCCACCGAGAGUCUCACUAAUUUAUACUGAAACAGAAGAGGGCCAGCAAGUGACAAGAGUGGAGCUGUAGUGGAAGGUUAGAAUAGUUGAAUGAUGGCAGGAGGGGAAAACAGACCUGAAUUUUAACCAAACUAAACACUUAUCACACAUAUCUAAAAGGUUGUUUAAGGUCUUAAGUGACUUUAAGCUAUAAUAUAUUACCUAGACUUGUCGGUGAGACUUGUGGGAGCUGUUUUUGUAAACUUUUAUAAAUCAGACAUAAAUCUACCCAAAAAACAUUUGGCUGAUAUAAAAACAAAAUACAAUGAGGUAACACAGAGAGCAGGCGAAUGGAACAGCCCAACCGGCACCUAUAUUGAAUUUUUCUGAAAACAUCUUGUUGUCAACAUUAGCUUAUGAUUUUACAGUUUUACAGGCCUCACGCUAACUGCAUGGAAAUCUAAUUUUAAUUUAACUUUGAUAAAAAGUUGGCAAAAGAAAAUGUGCUUUAUUUUGAAAAAACUAAUUGCCAGGUUUUGUGUGCUUUUAGACUGUUUGCAGAUGCAGCAUUAAAAAUCAGAGCGGGUGAUACAUUUUUAUUGUUUUAUGUAAAAUAAAACGUAAUGUGGACAUGUAGACCAGAAGGUUGGUAAUAUUGCUAUUAUCGAUAUUAUACUUAAACAAAACUAAACCUAAAAAUAAAAAGAGAUAAACAUUUUUGUUAGCUAAAAUUAAAAUAUAAAUCUAGACUUGUGAGGGUAAAAAUCAAACUAACUGAAAUGAUUAUGUGAACUUUGAAACUAAAAAAGAAUCCAGAUAAAUGCAAUAUUAGUUUUUAUUUGUCAGCUUGAUAAAAAUUUGUUAUCAUAACUUGAAACAUUGAUAGAUUUGGUUUUGGAUUU